AUGGAGUUGAAGAACGUUGAUAUAAAAUCGCGACCAAUUAACAUCAAUUGUCUACAAUGGUCUGAAGAAAAUCACAUUUCAGUUAUAUCACCCUCAGGCAUAGAUAUUUUUAUACCAUUAUAUAGAAGCAGGUAUACUCGUGAUGCUAUAGUAGCUUGUCAAGAUUCUAGUGACCGAAAUCCUAUAAAGAUUAACGAUUUUAGUUCCAAACUUAUAAAAGAUAUACCAGAAGUUUUCAAAUGCUUUACUUGGUCUCCAAUAGGUUGUUCUAUUAUUCAAAGUUGCUUAUUUGUUGCAAUAACAUCAAGAUUUCAUGUAGCAAUAUAUGGUCCAAAGGAUGGUCCUUUACAGAGAGAUUGGAUAGAGGUUGAAAAUAUGUCACCUAGAUUGUUGCAGCAUUACACAGAUCAAAACUCUGAAAAUAUAACUGAUGUGACCCUAUUGAAUAAGCUGCAAUCCAUAUCUGUAUCGUGGUCUCCAUUGUGUUUUCCAGAAAGAUUUGACCCUUUUUCUGUAAUAGCAAUAGGAAGUAAGGCUGGUACUGUAACAUUAUGGAGUUAUAAAAAUGGACUAGAUCAUAUCUUAACAAUGCAACCACAUGUCUCUUGGAUUAUAACAUCAUCUUGGUCGCGUUGGCUCGAAUUGGGCCAGGAUCAAUACGUAUCAAGUUUUGUGACUGCAUCAGAUGACGGUUCGGUUUAUAUGUGGAGAGUAACUAUAUCAUUAAUUCCUGUUAUAUCUUCGGGUAUAGAAAAUAUAAAGAUACAAGCUUCAAUCACUCUACAUGCGACACUUUCUCAAGCUGACAAUCGACCUGCAUCAAUAAUGAAAUGGUAUGAGUGUAAAAACGCAGGUGAAAAGUUGGCUAUAGUCAAAGGUCUCAAGAUCUAUGUUUGGACAUCAACUGGAUCACCUUUAAUUAAUACAAAUUUAGAUCCUCCAAAGAUGUUCAAAAUUCCUUUAUCUAAAGGAAUAAUAGCAAUGAUUUGGAAUUAUGAUGGAACUCAACUGUAUAUCUUCAAUAAUGAAGGUAAUAAUCUGACACUUAACAUCUCAGGAGCAGAGAUUGAUAUUAAUGAAUCUACAACAAAAUAUAUCAAUGAUGGAAAUGAUGAUAUGGCACUAUCAGAAGUUGAACCUUUAUACUUUGGAGCCGAUGGCUCUGGCAACA